UCCAUUCUUGAGAUUCAACACAACACAUCUAGCACAAUGGCAGCCGACAGACGUUCGAUCCUCAUCACUGGCUGCUCAGAAGGCGGAGUUGGCGCAGCAGUCGCAUUCGAAUACCAAAAGCGAGGCUACCAAGUCUUCGCCACAGCACGAAACACAUCCAAGAUCCCUUCAACACUCACAUAUCUGCCCAAUGUCACCACAAUAACACUGGACGUCACAUCCGAAUCAUCUAUCGCCACUGGCGUCGAGCAAGUCUCCAAAUUCACAAACGGCAAACUCGACAUCCUCUUCAACAACGCCGGCACAUCCCUCACCUGCCCAGUCCUCGACACCGAAAUCUCAGAUGCUCGGCUACAAUACGAACUCCACCUCAUCGCACCUCUCGCCACAUCAAAAGCUUUCUUCCCUCUCCUCAUCAAAGGCACAAACGCCGCAAUCCUCAACAAUUCCUCCAUCGCAGGAGAAACAAACCUCCCAUUCCAAGGCGCUUAUGGCGCCUCAAAAGCCGCAAUCGUCAACCUUGGCGAGACAAUGCGAUUAGAGCUCCAGCCUCUUGGCGUCAGAGUCAUUACUGUCGUGACGGGAAUCAUCGAGACAAAACUUCACGAAAACGAGAAGUUGACUGAGUUGCCUUCGACUUCAUAUUAUGCUCCUCUGGGUCAGUGGUUGAAGGAGCGGAAAGCUGGAACUAAUCGUCCGGCGGGAAUGGAAGUGGAAGAGUAUGCGAAGUUGAUGGUGAAUAAAGUGGAGAGUGGAAAGAAUGGGAAGAUUUUUGUGGGACCACUUACGCCGCUGUUUGUGUAUAUGAAGUGGUGGAUGCCGACCUGGAUUUGGGUAAGUCUUUUCAAAAACUCAUGGCUCUUUGAGGUCGAAUUUGCUAAUGUGGAUGUGAUAGGACGGAUUUAUGUUGAAGGCUGGACCGGAGAAGCAGAAUGAGUUGAUCAAGGAGGAGUUUGCGAGGAAGAUGAGGUCGUGAAAGUCGAUCUACGGCACGAUGCUUGGUAGAGAAAGUGUUGAGAACCAGAGACAUACUGAGCAUAGCGUAGCUCUUUCAAUUGUAUGAUUUGGGUAUCUUGCGAUGGAAAAUCUUACCUUCGCCUCGACUGUGUCGGCCAUGUCUUGCUGAUCUUUCAAGAGAUGAUGAGAUCCACAUGAGUCCC